AUGCCACGAUCUGCGGCAUCGACGCCCGUGAAAAAGGCGAUGCAGGCGCCAUCAACACCCUCACUACUCGCACAAGCCCCGUUGCUUGCACCUGCUCAGUCUACGACAACUCGAUUCGCGGCAGAUGCGUCAGAGGUACCAGCACCAUCACCAUCACUGAACAACGAUCCAUCCUCGAGCCACGCCGCAGCAUCUGCAUCUGCUGCUCCUAGCAAGAGCCGCCAUCGCAAAAACAAGAAGAGCAUCACCGGAAUCAAGGAUCACUCCUCCGAAUUCUCACCCUUCCAAACCAUCAGCGAGGGUCGAGUCUCGCGUCUCCCGGUCGUCUUCACUCACGAUGCCGACUACUUUUUCGUCGUAUCCAAGACAUCGGUCCGCAUCUACUCACGUACUACUGGCCAGGUCGUCUCGACCCUCUCUAGCGGACCUAGUUCUCAUCUCGCUCCCAUCACCGCCAUUAUGAUCAAUCCAGCCAACCCUCUGCAGCUGCUCACUGCCUCUCUCGACGGGCGUGUCAAGGUCUGGGACUUUUUGGACGGAGUUUUGCUCUCGUCUUUCGACCUUCAGCUGCCCAUCUCUGGUAUGACUGCUCACGCAUCAAACCCGAGCACAGUCUUUGUGAUUCUCAAAAAGUUCCGCCACCGCGACGCAGAGACCGCUCCCAAGAACCUGUCCGAGAUUUUGACUGCUCUCGACAGCGGUGCGCCUUUCAACAGCAUCAUUGGUCACUUUAAUCUUGACCUCAACAGACACGCUCACAAUCUUGCAUCCAUGCCCAAGUUCUCUCGCGGCGCCUCGCUGCGUCCCGAAUUAGUGCGAAUCGCAAAGACACGAGAAGCCGUCUCGAUCGGCGUCUCUCCCAACGGCGAGUGGCUCGUGGUAGUCGGCAACGACAAGGUCCAAGUGGCAAGGACCAACGAUCUCGCUUCCGGCUUUACACGAUUCAUAUCCUCUCACCCUGGAUCGCACCAUCACCACAAAGAGUCUCUGACCUGCAUGGCUUUCCACCCCACUGACCCGACAAGACUCGUUACCGGUGACUCGAACGGCCGUAUCCGCGUCUGGUAUUGCCUGCAGAACAGCUUUAUGGCACCCUCCAAGGCUGAAGCAGACGAUGGUAUGGAAAGGCAUGCUCCUUCGAGCGUGUUUCACUGGCACGCGCAUGCUGUCUCUUCGUUGUGCUUCUCUCCCAAUGGCGCGCAUCUGUUGUCAGGAGGUGAGGAAGGUGUGUUGGUUGUUUGGCAUCUCGGUGCCUCUGGCAAUGCAGCCUCCAAGGAGUUUGUGCCGCGCCUCGGUGCUCCGAUCGCGGCUCUCGCAGUGGCCGGCGGCCUAGACGGCAGGGAGCAGGAAUAUGCAGUCUCGCUCGCAGACGGGAGCAUCACUUUUGUCUCUUCCAUGUCGCUCAAACCCACUCGAACCUUCACGCGCAUCAAAAUCGAUGCUUCGCGCCACCUGCCUGGCGCGUUCAUCCCUGCCGACACGCCGGUUCCGCUCUCAGUACACCCUGCUAGCGGCAACCUUGUUCUCCUGGCCGGCCAUCCGUCGUCGUUGCAAUUUUACGACCCAAUCAAGGAUGUCAACACUAUGGAGCUCGAGGUGGCACCUAGCAAUCGUGUCUCUCGCGCUGAUGACGAGCAGAUCGAGCCAACACGUGUCGAGCGCGUUCUCUUUUCUCCUUUUACCUCUUCGAAAAUCGCCGAAGCAGGCGAGUGGAUGGUCACUUUCGAUAGUCGCAAUCUGUCCGAUGUGCAAGGCGAAGUUGAGGUCGUUUCUGAGUCGAGUCUCAAGUUUUGGCGAUGGAACCCAGUCAACCGACGCUACACGCUCAACACGCGUAUCGAUCGACCUCACAACGGAAAGAGACUGACCUCGAUGGUUUUUUCGCCCAGCUCGGCGCUGCUCGUCACCAUUGCUUCGGACGCCAAGGUGCGUACCUGGCACGUGGCUUCACGCAAGCUCAAGUCCGGCAAGGCCGAGAGCUACUGGACUUGCCGCUCUGUAUUUGGCUAUCGCGACCAGACUCCCACUGCAGCUGCCUUUUCUGCCGACGGAUCAAUUCUUGCUAUUGGCCAGGCCGGACGCGUGACGCUGUGGAACCCGGAGAGCAACCUUUUGUCGAUGGUGAUCUCGGCACCCGAGCUGGCUGAGGGUGUGCAGAACCUGGCCUUUUCGGGCCGAUAUCUGGCUCUCGCAACUCGCACUACGGUGCUGGUGUGGGAUCUGAUCAUGUCCCGACAGGUUUCUCGCAAAAACAUCCAAGAUGGGCUGCACGCUAAGCUGCUGUUGGCGGCUACUGGCUGGAAUCAUGCAGGCGAGCAGGAGGAUCGCCCUGUCUUUACUCUGGUAUCCUCGAGCGACACAGAUGACAGAGCAGAGCACGGCUCUGUGCGUGUCGCGCAACAAGUGAAGACGGUCGUUGAGCCCGUCUCGCUUGUGUCGGACACCGAGAUCGGAUCGACUUCGAUCCUGACAGGCGCAACACCUGUCAGCAAGGCAGGUUCGUCCGCUAGCAGGGCUGUUUUCCGGACUGCGGUGUGUUUCGUCGCGCCCAUCCCUCUGCCUGCUAGGCCUCACGCUGUAGCCCAAGAGUUUGUGGCCAUCACUGAGGACAUGGAUCUCGUCACGUUUUGCACAUCACCCUCUGCGUCCGACUCGGCCACUGGCGGUACCACAGCUGAGAGUAUUCGCGGUCUCUCGAACGUCAAGAAGACGCUCUUUCACGAUCUAUUUGGACCGUCGGCCUUUUACGAUGCUCGUGCGGAUGCGCCAGCCGAUGACGAUGAGCAGACGCUUAGCAUAUCAGCUGAUGUCGAUGGCGGUGCAGGCUCGGGAGUGGCGUCGCUGUUUUCGACGGCUCCUCACUUGCUGCCGCCUGCGACUCUGUUGUUCGAUGCAUUCUUGUCCAAGAUGCUGCCUGCUGCCAACACGACGCCAGCCGUCGACAGUGCUACUGCGUUAGAUUCGAAUUCGCACGUGUUUGUCACGGACCACAAAAAUGACGAUGCCCAGCUAGACACCGCAAUGCUGCAGGAACGAAGUGUGCAAGACAUCUUGCUCGCAGAUACACACGAGCUCGUCGAGCUCUUCAAAACUCAAAUUGUCGUCGAAGACGGCGUUUCCAAGUCACCAGCCAAAGUCAAUGGCACCAACACGCCAGCGGCAUCCACACCGGUCAAGAAGGCUCAGGUCAACGGGUUUGCAUCCACCACCCCUGUGUCGAUAAACAAGACUACUCCAGCUGAUCCAGCUGAUGCUGCAACACCUCUCAGGAAGCGCAAGAUGUGA